AUGCGUCGUGAGGUGUAUCGCGCCGCGCUCGCCGCGUUGCUCGUCGCGUCCCUCACGGGAACCGACGCCGAGCCGCGAGGCCCCGACGCCGAGUCCGGCCCCGUCUCUUCGCCCUCCUCCACCCGUCUCUGUCCGCCCGGCCACGCGGGCGUGAACUGCUCGCACCGCCUGUAUCCGCUGGAGCCGAACGCGCCGAACCCUUUCGUCCACCUCGACGCACCGCUCGCGGUGGGCGACGUGGCGCUCUUCCGCCUCGCCGUCAACUGCGUCGCGCAGGACGCGACGCUCGCCCUCGAGAAGCACGGCAACGCGACCGACCCGACCGUCGACCACCUCGGCGUCGGCUCCGAGGUGGAGCUCGCGGUGCAGUACGGCGUCCCGCCCACGAUAGAGGACGGUGGGUACAUCGACGGCGUCGUGUCCUUCAGCGACGAACCGGACGCGAGCGUGCGCAUCGGCAACGUCCUGCCGGGAGUUUACUACGCCGCGGUGCACGUCUCCGCGGGCCAACCCCUGGCGCGGUUCACGCUGCGUCUCGCGCUGGAGGGAUCCAGGGUGCCGAACCCAUGGAACCGGUGCGAGCACGCGGAUGAGCAGCUCCUCAUGGACGUCACCGUCGAGGGUGCCGACCGCGGUGCCGACCCGGGUGCCGAGGGUGCCGGGACGUACGCGUACACGAGGCUGGGUCCGGUGACGGGCGCGGACGGGUAUCCGACGGCGCUCGGCGUCGCCGACAUCUACGAACCCGCGUACGGACACUGCGGGACUUUGGACGAAGAGACGCCAACCGAGGGCCGCGCCUUUACGUUGGUACGAACCUCGGAGGAGGAAGCGCUGGGUGCCGAGGGUGCCGAGGGUGCCGACGACGCGAGGAUCGGCCGGUCGUGCUACCUCGGCGAUUCGCACUCGUCGGGUCGGGUGCUGGACCUGCCGCAGGCGCGCGGGCAGGGCGCCGUCGCCGGAACGGCGGUCCUCGGCAGGAGCCACCCGGACCGAAACGACGAGGACUACUACUACCUCCGGGGCGACGUGAGGAAGUACCCGGGGCGGUUUUUGAGUGUAAACGCGUCAGCCGCCGCGGACGCGCCCUCCUCCGAGUCUUCUAAAAGUGGCGACGUCGUCUUGUUCCAGGGCGUCGCCGACAACCCCGGGAACUUUGACCUCGAGGCCUGCGGCGACCUCAUCAACCCCGAGGAGGUCCGGGGCAAGAUAUGCGUCGUCGUCCGCGGCUCGUGCUUCUUCAGCUCCAAGACCCUGGCGUGCCAGCGCGCGGGAGCCGUCGCCGCGAUCAUCGUCAACGACCGGAUGGACGAGGGCGCCGCCGAUAACUGGGUCACGUCGCACGACCCGGCGGGUAUCCUCAUACCCACCGUGUCCUACGGCGCCGUCCACGGCAAUCAGCUGCUGAGGGAGAUGGCGUCCGCGUCGUCGGUGACGAUCAGGCUGCACAGCUACGCGUGCGAGCCCGCGGGACACUGCGUCGCGUGCGCCCCCGGGUUUGGCUUCCCCGAGGAUAACUGCACGUCAGCCGCGUGCCCCGGGAUGGACGACGCGCGAACGAGCGCGUGCAACGGCCGAGGGACGUGCGACUUCGACGGUACGAACGCUUCGACGUUCGCGUGCAUGUGCGACGCGGGGUUCAGCGGCGACGCGUGCGAGAUCGAACAGUCAAAGGAUGACGACGCCGAGGCGGAGGCAAACUUUACGAAUUUUACGUCUGCUGCGGGCGAUGACGUGACGUCGUCGGGGGUCAACGCGGCGGCCGAGGGGAAGGAGGUGGAGGACAUCGACGGGGGGUUCAUCGAUGACGACGCCGGCGCGCUCCAGGAGGGCGCCGGUCGAUACUCCGGGUUUGAGAUAUUCGGCAUCACCCUCGGCGCGGUGGCGCUGGCAGUCGUCUUGGCCGCCUUUGCGGGUGCGCUCGCCAGCUCGAUCAGGGCGAAGAGGCGAACGCGUCGCAUCGACCUGCCGGCCCUGCCGUCGACGUCGCCGCAGACGCCGGCGUGA